AUCACACAGGCCGGGCAGAGGGUUGUCUCCCGUUCUCCCCCAUCCUCUGCCAUGGGCAGGGCCUGCCCAGGGUAUAAAUAGGUCCAACCGCUGGGCUCUCCCCAUUCUUCCUGUCUCCCCAACCCUCUCUUCUCAGCGUUUCCUCUCUCUCGACCUGAUCCUGACAACCACCAUGGCACAACCUCUGGAGAAAGCCCUGGACGUGAUGGUGUCCACCUUCCACAAAUACUCAGGCAAGGAGGGUGACAAGUUCAAGCUCAACAAGUCGGAGCUAAAGGACCUGUUGACCCGGGAGAUGCCCAGCUUCUUGGGGAAACGGACGGAUGAGGCCGCUUUCCAGAAGCUCAUGAGCAACCUGGACAGUAACAGGGACAACGAGGUCGACUUCCAGGAGUACUGUGUCUUCCUGUCCUGCAUCGCCAUGAUGUGCAAUGAGUUCUUCGAGGGCUUCCCUGAUAAGCAACCCCGGAAGAAAUGAGGGCUCCCCAGAUGCGAGUGGGGGGCCUGCCAGCUGGGGUCCACCCUGGGGGUAGUGGGCACAGAACCUCACUCGGGCUUCUUCAGACAUGUGUACGAUGCUGAGCAAGUCAAUAAAGAUUCUUAGAAGCUA